AUGAAAAAUUCAAGUGGAGCUCGCAUUGAGGAGUUCGUCUUGGUGGGUUUCUCCACUUCCCCACUUCUCCAGCUGCUGCUCUUUGUCGUAUUUCUUGCAGUCUAUCUGCUGACACUCUUGGAGAAUGCGCUCAUCAUCUCUACCAUCUGGCUCACUCCAAGCCUUCAUCGCCCUAUGUACUUCUUCCUUGCCCAUCUCUCCUUCCUGGAACUGUGCUACAUCAAUGUUACAGUCCCCCGCCUGUUGGGAGCUUUCCUCACACAAGAUGGUAGAGUCUCCUACAUGGGCUGCAUGGCCCAACUCUAUUUCUUCAUUGCUUUAGCCUGCACAGAAUGUGUCCUCUUAGCAGUCAUGGCUUAUGAUCGCUACCUGGCCAUCUGUGAACCCCUCCAUUAUCCUAGUUUCAUGCCUCCCAGCCUGGCCACUUGCCUCGCAGCUGCCUCUUGGGGCAGUGGCUUCUUCAGCUCGAUGAUGAAGCUUCUUUUCAUUUCCCGACUGUCCUAUUGUGGACCCAAUAUCAUAAACCACUUUUUCUGUGAUAUCUCUCCUCUCCUCAACCUCACCUGCUCUGACAAGGAGCAAGCAGAGCUGGUGGACUUCCUCUUGGCUCUGGUGAUGAUUCUGCUCCCUCUCCUUGCUGUGGUGUCAUCGUAUGCUGCCAUUAUUGUAGCCAUUUGGAAGAUCCCCACUGUCCAGGGGCGCCACAAAGCCUUCUCCACUUGUACUUCUCACCUGGCAGUGGUUAUUAUCUAUUACUCCUCUACUCUUUUUACCUAUGCACGACCCCGGGCCAUGUAUACCUUCAACCACAAUAAAAUCAUCUCUGUGCUUUAUACGGUUAUUGUGCCAUUCCUCAACCCAGCCAUCUACUGUCUGAGAAACAAGGAAGUGAAGGACGCCUUCAGGAAGACAGUGAUGGACAGAUGCCACUGCCCUAGGGAUGCCCCAGACUGA